AUGCGAGGCUUCAAUCUUCGAACCCUGCGGUGGGCUGCUGCCGCCCGCCCAUUGUUGCCGGCCCAGAAUCGAGCUGUUUUGUCGAGACGCUCUCCGGCACCACUGCUACUAUUAAGUCCAUCACUACGCCGCUGCUUCUCAGCCUCUGGCCCGGAUUUCUCACUCUUUGAUGCCGACUCCACAAUCUAUGCCCUCUCCACCGCUCCCGGGCGAGCCGCUAUCGCCGUCGUGCGAGUAUCUGGUCCAGCAUGCGUGCAGAUUUACAACGCUCUCUCCCCCUCCGCGCCCCUCCCUCGCGCCCGUCACGCCGCCGUCCGCACGCUCUACGACCCCCUCCACCCUCCAUCCUCGAACACCAUCCUCGAUGCCGCAGCCUUGGUGCUUUACUUCCCCGGCCCCCGAACCGUGACAGGGGAAGACGUGCUCGAGCUUCAUUUGCACGGGGGUCCGGCGAUCGUUAAAUCCGUAUUGACCGCGAUCGCGAACCUCAACCCGCCAUCCUCGAAAGGAGGAGGAGGAACGAUCCGCUACGCCGAGGCAGGCGAAUUCACGCGUCGGGCCUUCCUCAACAACCGGCUGGACCUCCCCCAGAUCGAAGCGCUGGGGGAGAUCCUGCACGCGGAGACAGAACAGCAGCGACGGAUCGCCGUGCGUGCGGCGAGCAGCAGCAGCGGCAGUGGUGAGCAAGGCGGCGCGCUGUCGCAACGCUACGAGCAGUGGCGGCAUCAGCUGCUGUACGCGCGCGGCGAGCUGGAGGCGCUGAUCGACUUCGCCGAGGACCAGCAUUUUGACGAAUCGCCGCGCGAGCUGGUCGGGUCCGUGGGCCGGCAGGUGCGCGCCCUCCAGGCGCAGAUCCAGCUACAUAUCGGCAAUGCCGCCAAGGGCGAGUUGCUGCGGAGCGGGAUCCGCGUGGCGUUGCUGGGGGCCCCCAAUGCGGGCAAGAGCUCGUUGCUGAAUCGGGUAGUGGGCCGCGAGGCGGCCAUCGUCAGUACCGAGGAAGGGACUACCAGGGAUAUCGUCGAUGUUGGGGUGGAUGUUGGGGGUUGGUUUGUGCGGCUGGGUGAUAUGGCGGGUAUCCGGUCGGAGGAUGUUUUGGGGGAUGAUGAUGUUGGGAGGAGCUCCGCGGCGGCUCGGAAUGUGGUGAUCGGGGCGGUUGAGAAAGAGGGUAUUCGGAGGGCUAAGGCUAGGGCGUUGGAGUCGGAUGUUGUCGUUGUGGUCGUCUCGUUGGAGAAGGAGGAGGAGAAGGGGAGUGCGAGUGCUUCUUCGCGGUUGGCGGUUGAACGAGAAGUCGUUGAUGCGGCUAAUGAGUGCGCGCGCGCCGGCCGCUGCGUCGUCAUUGCGAUCAACAAGUGUGACCGGUUGCCCGGCCUGGAUCGCCUCCCGGAUCAGCUGCUCGCCACCGUCCGCACUCUGUUCCCUGCUGUGCCGGACCGGCGCGUGUUCGGGAUCUCCUGCCUAGAUGCCCGCCGGGAGACGGGCUCCGUCUCUGGCCCGGUGGCGGAGCACGAUCCGGGCCAUAUCCAGCGCUUUCUACAGGGGUUAAUCGCUACAUUUGAGGAACUGGCCUCCCCGACGGGGAUCAAGGAGGAUGCCAAUGGCCAGUACGACCGGUCCUACUGGGAGGAUUCUCUGGGCGUCACCCACCGACAGAGCUCGAACCUACAACGCUGCCUGGAAGAUCUAGACGCGUUCAUGAUUCAGACUCAACCAUCAAACCACCACCACCUUACACACGAGUCCGAGGAAGAAGUCGACAUCGUCACCGCGGCCGAGCACCUCCGUUCCGCGGCCGAUGCCCUGGCCAAAAUCACGGGUAAAGAUGAGAGUGGCGACGUGGAGGAUGUCCUAGGUGUGGUGUUCGAAAAGUACGUUGUCCCCCAUUCUUUCUUUUCGGGUCUAUCCCUUUCUCUUCGUUCUAUCCGUUCAACGAAAAAACAACACAUUUCUGCGCUCUCAAACAAAUGA